AUGAGUCCAACAAACGGUGAGGGACCAGAACCCCCACACAUUGUGAUCUUGGAUGGAGGUUUCUCUACACAACUGUCGUGCCACGUCGGUCACGUCAUUGACGGUGAUCCGCUUUGGAGCGCACGCUUCCUGUCUACUCAUCCAGAAGACGUCGUCAAUACACAUUUAGACUUUUUAAGAGCGGGUGCUGAUUUAAUUAUCACGAACACCUACCAGGCUUCGGUAGAUGGUUUCGUGGAGCACCUCGGGGUAACAGCCGAAGAGGCUUACGAGCUGAUCGUACAAGGUGUUGAGUUAGCAAAGCGAGCCCGCACACUAUAUCUCGAAGAGUACCAGGACUACGUACAGAAAGAUAACAGGCCGCUCGUCGUAGGCUCAGUGGGACCAUACGGAGCACAUUUGCACGAUGGCUCCGAGUACGACGGAAGCUACGCAGACACCACCUCUGUCGAAACCAUGAGGGAAUGGCAUCGACCCCGUAUCCAGGCGUUAGUUGAAGCAGGAGUUGACCUCCUCGCGUUGGAAACGAUCCCUUGUCAGGAAGAAGCCGAAAUGUUAUGCGAGCUUCUUAAGGAAUUCCCUCACAUAAAAGCUUGGGUCGUAUUCAGUUGUAAGGACAACCAAAGCAUAGCCCAUGGCGAAAGCUUCCAGAAAGUGGCCAAGAAGUGUUGGGAAACGAAUCCUGAGCAACUGGUAGCCGUUGGAGUGAAUUGCUGUGCGCCGUCCUUUGUGGCGAACCUUCUGAAAGGCUUCAACGACGAUCGGCCACACGACCCCAUUCCGCUUAUCGUUUACCCCAAUUCAGGCGAAAAAUACAAUCCUCAAAUAGGGUGGAUAGAUCGUGACAAGUGCGAGUCUGUGGAAGUAUUUGUUCAGGAAUGGCUGGAUCUAGGCGUUCGGUAUGUUGGCGGCUGCUGCCGUACGUAUGCCGCAGACGUUUCGCGUAUCCGGAACCAAGUUCAAUGCUGGCGUGACCGUUGGCGAUUCCAGGCAAAAUACUCCAACGCACAAACUAAUAAGAACACAAAAUAA